UUCCCGAGGACUCAAACCUUAAUACAUAUGACAUGGCAUAAUUAUAAUGUCUUUUGUUCAAUCCAGUCACUGCUACCCCACAGAAAACCAAGUAAUAGAAUCCCUGCUCAGCCACAACCAUCACAUGUCACGGGAGAAACGCGGCGGCGGCAAGUUCUCCGCUGGCGGCCUGUUAAAAAUGUUCAAGCUUUUUCCUAUGCUGACGUCGGGCUGCAAAAUGGUGGCACUAUUGGGAAGACCCCGCAAGUCAAUGAUCAAGGACAUUGCAACUUCCGGCACAAUCUUUGGAUACCGUAAAGGGAGGGUGAGCCUGGCAAUACAAGAAGAUCCUCACCGCAUGCCGUUCUUCCUUAUAGAGCUACCAAUGCACACGAGUGCUCUGAACAAGGAAAUGGCGUCGGACGUACUGAGGAUUGCGUUGGAGAGCGAGACGAGGACCCGGAAGAAGAAUCUGUUGGAGGAGUUUGUGUGGGCAGUGUAUUGCAAUGGGAGGAAAGUAGGGUACUCGAUAAGGAGGAAGCAGAUGAGCGAGGAUGAGAUGUACGUGAUGCAGCAUAUAAGAGGGGUUUCAGUGGGCGCAGGGGUUAUUUCAAGUCCGUCCGACAAGGAAAGUCCAGACGGAGAAUUGACAUAUAUGAGGGCAAGAUUUCAGAGGGUGAUUGGUUCUGAGGACUCUGAAACUCUGUACAUGAUCAACCCGGAUGGUGGUCAAGCCCCAGAGUUUAGUAUUUUCUUUGUUAGAGCUCACUAGGUUUUUAAUUAAUUAAUUAAUAAUUAGGACUACAAUUCAUGUAAACAUUACGUCCCCUCCUCUGUCUUGUUUUUUCCCAAGGUGCUGAUGUAGUAUAAUAUUAAUCAAAGGAAUCAGUCUCUCCAGUCUUUGUCUCGUGUAUUUUUUAUUUCUGCCUGUCUGCAAACAUUUGUACUAUAUUGAAGGCAAAUUCAUCAUCAAGAAUGGGUGGCUUUCUCUUUGUUCCUCGUGUUCUAGUGUGCGCGACUCAAUUCCUAGAAUGCAGCUUCUGCUGAUGGUUAAUGGAUGCUUUUUAUUUCUUAA